CCGAAAGUAACAGAGGGGUAAUAAAAUAUUUUCAAAAAGUUAGGGGGUAUAUAAAUAUUAGUCCAAAUUUUGAAAUAUCUCAAACUAAUGUGUAACGGCGACCGACGGACAUACUAGCCGUUUUCAGUUCCUCGUCUACCCCUGUACAAUCGACAUUUCCUAAAAAGACCGACGCCCAAUUCAAAUUAAAACCGAAGCGGGAAACGAUUUUGAUUAUUUGCCUCUUAAUCGAUUUGGUCUAUCUUCGCUCACUCAAGCUUACUCUCGGUUCCUAUAGUUGUUUGAUCGUCUAUCUUCACGCACUUAAACUUACUCUCGGCUCCUAUAGUUGUUUGAUCGAUGGCGAGAACCAAACACGCUGCCGCUAAAAGAAGAAAUCGAAGACAAUCUGGUGCUAAAGUGACUUCACCAGCUUCAGCUUCACCCUCUACCCCUUCGUCACCUGGUGCAAGCACAAGCAGAAGACGAACAAAUGCACAAAGUUCAGCUACAACAAGGAAGCCUCAUCGCUACAGGCCAGGAACAAAGGCUCUCCGCGAGAUUCGGAUGUUUCAGAAGUCUACAAAACUGCUCAUUCCAGCGGCUAGCUUCAUCAGAGAAGUAAGAGCUAUCACUUACCGUAUUGCACCCCCAGAUGUCAAUCGUUGGACAGCUGAAGCUUUACUUGCAAUUCAGGAGGCAGCAGAAGAUUUUCUGGUCCAUUUGUUUGAAGAUGCAAUGCUCUGUGCAUUCCAUGCAAAGCGUGUUACACUGAUGAGAAAGGAUUUUGAAUUGGCGCGCCGGCUUGGGGGUAAAGGGCAACCUUGGUGAGAGAGUACACCAUUUUACCAGCACCAUCAUCACUGAUUUUUUCCUUGGAGAAAAUGCAAUUUGUAGCUAUUCUUUGACAGCAGUAAGCAUAUAAUUGUAUUUGGAGAUGACAAAUUAGGAAUUAGGAAAAAAAAAAGUAUUUAACCUCAUUGUACAAUAAAUUGUUGUAGCUCACUAGCUCCCAGAACUAGAAGUAUAUAUCUAGCUUGAAGAAGUUUUGACUUCUCUGUUAGUUAAUCUACUGGUGAAGGGAAAUCUCCUUUUUGAUACGAAGCCCCAGUCACAAGCUCUUGUAGCAUUCGGCCGUGUGGGGUGAUAUGACCUGACAGUCACUGAUUUAUGCUAUCAACAACUCUGACAGGUGGGAUUAGGGUUAUAUCUGUAAAUUUAUAGUUUUGGAUAAAGAA